AUGGAGGCUUUGAGGAGAUGGAGGGCCAGCUGGAGAUAUCCCACCACUCUGCUGUGCAUGUACGGCUUCUUCAGCACCGUCAAACCUCUGGAGCCUUUCCUCAUCCCCUACCUGACAGGGCCAGACAAGAAUCUGACUUCAGAAGAGGUGAACAACCAAAUUUUCCCUGUGUGGACGUACUCCUACCUGUGUCUGCUGGUUCCGGUGUUCCUGCUCACCGAUUGGCUGCGUUACAAGCCUGUGGUGGUGUUUCAAUGUGCCGCCCUCUUAGUCACAACAGCAAUGAUUAGAUGGACACAAAGUGUUCCAGCCAUGCAGGCCAUGCAGUUCUUCUACGGGGUGGUGACUGCCAGCGAGGUGGCCUAUUUCUCCUACAUCUACAGCAUGUUGGAUCUGAAGAGGUAUAGAAAGGCCACAUCUUACUGUCGCAGUGUCCAGCUCCUCGGGUACACGGUGGGCUCUGUUCUGGGUCAGGUGCUUGUCAGCUUUGACCUCAUGUCCUACAACAACAUAGUGGUGUUCACUCUGGUCCUCAGCGCCAUCGCCUUCGUGUUUACUUGCCUCCUGCCGAUGCCGCAGCAGAGCAUGUUCUUUCACCACAGAAAGACGGCAGUGACAGAAGGUACCGAUGGGGAGGGGACUGGAGAUUCAAAACAGGAGGUACAGGAAUCAAAAGUUGACCAGCAAGAUGUAGGAGAGGAAGGAACGCCAAAUUCAGAGGGGCGUGAGGAGACUGCUGAGUCAGCUGGGGCUGAAAGCUGCACCAAGGUCCUCUUCCGGCUGUGGACCGACUUUCGUUUGUGCUAUUCGUCCAGACAGCUGCUCUACUGGUCACUGUGGUGGGCGAUGGCCACCUGCGGCUACAACCAGACCGUCAACUAUGUCCAGGUGUUGUGGGAGCAUGUGCAGCCAUCUCAGAACUUCAGCAUCUACAAUGGCGGCGUGGAGGCUACGUCAACCCUGCUGAGUGCAGCCACGGCCUACGGUAUCGGCUUCGUCGAAGUGAGAUGGGAGCAGUGGGGGGAGCUCGCUCUGGGCGGUUUCUCCGGACUUGGAGCGGCAGCACUCUUUCUCAUGACCUUCAUCGGAAACAUCUGGGUCUGCUACGUCUGUUACGUCAUUUUCAAGUGCCUGUACAUGCUGCUGAUAACCAUCGCCAUGUACCAGAUCGCAACUGACCUGUCCAUGGAGAGGUACGCACUCGUCUUUGGAGUGAACAACUUCGGAGCGUCGGCUCUCCAGACAGUAAUCACAUCCAUUGUGGUCGACAGCAGAGGGAUGAGUCUGAGCAUCAUUCCUCAGUUCACCAUAUACUCCACCUACUUCUUGCUCAUCGCCGUUGUCUUCAUGAUCCGAGGAAUCUUUACCAUUUGGAUGUCACGGAGAACCAGGAAGGCCCCCACGCCACCGGACAAAAGGGAGCCUCACGUCUACGCAGAACACCAGUUCUGAUUAACAGAGGGAUUCAAUACUCCCAGCUUAGAUCAUCACUUUAGUGAGACAGCUGGGCCAAGUCUUCUCUGUGUGUAGUGGUGAAAUUGUGACGUUAAUUUCCUUCCUUCAGCAUGGUUUAAAGGUUUUUACUUGGUAGAAAUCUGUUUUCACUUUGACAGUAAAGAGGGUUUUUUUGUCAAAAAAGUCAUUUUAUAUUGACCAUGAUUGAUUUAUAAAAUCAUUAAAAGGCAUA